AUGACAGAAACCUGCAAAGCCUGUCAUGACCCUCUCAGCCUAACCCUAGACCCAGAGGACUCCGGCGCCGAGGACUCCGAGGAGACCGUCCCCGAUGACGUCCUCCUGCCCUGCGGCUGCCACUUCCACUGGCAAUGCCUCCUCAACUUCUCCUCCACCAUAACCAGCACCCUGACCUGCCCAUCCUGCAACCGCCACCUCCCCUCCAACGCCCCCACCGGCGGGGGAUCCUCCUCCUCGGCCUCAGCACCACCGCCCACAUCAACCAACCCAGUCAUCCUCACGCACUACACCAACGAAGGCGGUAUCCAGCCGUCCCUAGACAUCUACCCCUUCCUGACCGAGGAGACCUUCCUCGACGCGCACCCCGAGGCGCGGCCAGCGCGGGCGCUGCACACGCUGGCGGCGGAGGGCGAGGUGCAGGGGAUGGUGAACCUGCUGACGGACGCCGACAUGCGGGACGAGGACGAGGACGACGGCGACGAGGAGGGUGGUGAGGCUGGUGAGGGCGAGGGCGGGGACCAGGCACUGUCGUCGUCCCAGCUACUGACCUGGCGGGACCCGCUCAACGGCGGGCGGAGCGCGCUGCACGUGGCGCUGGAGGCGCGGCAGGAGGAGGUGGUGUGGUUGGUGCUGUGGCUCGGGAGCGGGGCGAGGCGGGAGGAUUUUCCCGAGGCGGUGGUGCAGGUUGCGCUGGCGAUGGGGUUGCCGAGGCGGGUGGAUGGGGCGGGCGGGGAGGGGGGCGAGGAUGUGAGGUUUGUGAGGGAUGAGGCUGGGAGGACGGCGGGGGAUGUGUGUUUGGAGCUGGGGCAGCCUUGGGCGAGGUUGGUUGAAGGGGGGGUUGUUUAA